AGACUUUUCACAGAUGCAGGAUUUGAUUUUCUUCUGCAACCACCUGAUGCUUUGACCUUUAAGUAAACAUGCUUCUUUUUCUAGAGAUCCAUUCUCUAUAAAUCCUGCUUUAUUUUCUCUUCUUAAACCACAAAUUUUCAAAUAAAGCCUCUUCUGGAAUCUCCAACUCAAGCCAUGAGCUUAGACCAUUGUCUGGAAUUUGAGGCUAAUGACGACCAAGAUGAUUAUUUCUAUGCAGAACUAAGACAGCAGGUUUUGCUUCUGAUUUCUGAUGAUAACGAUGAUCUAGCAGAAACCAGGUCUUCAAACUUCCCUGCAGAUUGCAAACCAGGUUCAAACAGAUUAACCGGAAGUUUUCCAGUAAAACUACGGCCUGAAAGCUACUUCGACUGGUGGGGGACGAGGGAUGCCGAUUCGGUACCGACUUGGCUUGUGAACUUGUGGAGAAAUGGCAAUGGAACCGGGGUGUUCAUCCCUCAGUCUAGAAGAAGAUGCGUGCGUGGCAGAAUGAACAAGGGUAGGAGACGAGCAUACAAAUAACUGGAGCUUCAGUAAUUACAGACAGAAACCUUGAGAAUAUGUAAAUAUGCUCAGAGUUAUACAUCUGAUGCAACUGUUUCAAAUUACUCUUGCACUA